GAAUCCACAGGACGGAUGGCGAUUCGUGGAAGUGCUUUCUUUAUUUUAGUUUGGCGAGACAAAGAAGACAAGAGGCAAAGGGAUUUGAUUGGACAACAAGUGUCACGUGGUUAUCAAAAGCCAUGGGUUAUAAACGCGAUCAAGCGUCCUUGUCCGAAAAAGGUUUCCGUGUCAAGAGAGUGGUCAGCAGGACCAAACAGCCAGACAAUGCUCCUAGCGUCAGGCUCAUGGCUGAUUGUGACGUCACUACUCCUGACGCUGCACGCGACCCCUGGUGGUGCGCAAGGGGUCGACAAAACGCGUGAAGCCAACCAAGGGGGCGCUGACGUCGUGGACGCCGUGGUUGACGUCAUUCGCUCCAACUGCAUCUUCUCCGAGGAUCGUCUGUUUCUGAGACGGUUGGCCUACGUAGAGUCACGUGACGGCAGUCCUCUCAUCCACACAUACAGACCUGGCUAUGACGGGGGCAUCUGGCAGACAACCCCCUUCAACAUCGAGUGGAGGAGUGUCACGUGGUCAGACCUGCGCAAACCACUUUACUCCGGACUGGCGGCCACUUUCUACCUGCUGCAGAAGCUGGGAAGCAGUGCAUCCACCAUGCCUAGUGACAUCCAGAGUCAGAGCCUCUUGUGGUCCCAGAACUACAGACCAGGAGGCAAUGCAUCCGACUUCGAGAGCUUGGCCGGCAAAGCUACAGAAUUUGAUUGCAGCAGCCCGAUGGACCUGGCCUUCAUCCUGGACAGCUCCGGGAGCAUCACUGACGCGAGUUUCAAUCUCAGCCUCGACUUCGCAGCUCGAGUGGUAGAGGCCAUGAACAUCCCCGACCCUGUGAGAGUGGCCGCCCUUAUCUUUGCUUCCUCUCCUUUCUUACAGUUUAACUUCAGCGACACACAAACAACAGCUCAGGUUGCCGCAGCACUUCGAGGAAUAAAACGCAGUACCGGAAGUACGGCCACUUACCUGGCGCUGGACAUGGCGCGCACCUCGCUUUUCACCGCUGGCAGCAGGAGCAGCGCCAAUCGGGUGGUUGUUCUGGUCACUGAUGGUGAGUCCGACAACAGGAACUGGACCGAAGUUGCUGCCAACAUGCUGAAGUCCACAGACCAGGGCGGGGGACACGCCACGGUGUUUGCUGUAGGAGUGGGCGGCUACAACCCGGUGGAGCUGAUGGCCAUGGCCACUGAACCUAAGUGUCUGCACGUCUUCACGCUUGACGACUUCUCCGUCAUCAGCAGCAUCAUCUAUGAGAUACAGCGCAGCACGUGCACCGCGCAUCGGACUAUUGGAGGGAGCGCAACAAACGUCACUGUGACGACACCUAACGUCACCGGACGCUUCGUCAUCCCAGAGCAGCAGGCGACUAAGACUGUGAUGUUUGAAGUCCAGUGCGGCACCCUGGAUGUGUACGUGUCCUUCACCAACCCCAAGCCCAGCCCCGCCCUGUACACCCACAAGUACACAGCUUGGGACGGUCGUCCUGCCUACCUGCUGACGUCAUCAGCUAACGACGGGCUGCCGGUGUACAUCAGUGUCGUGGGCACGCAGCUGCCGCCGUCGCUGGCCGCCAUAGAGCAGUGCACUGGCUUCCGAAUACACAUCGCCACAGUAGACAGGCCCUGGCAGGUGAGGUGUUGUAACUACCAGGAGUGUCGAGACUGCACCAAGUCGGAUAUACUUCAACAAGCGAAUCUCUUUACAGAUGCCUUCGACACACGAGACCUCAGCUUCCAGAACCCCUGUACCCAUGAGGCGCUGCUGGCAGGCAAGACCAUCUUUCCCUACAUCGACGACUCCAAGAAAUAUAUUCGAUGUGAUUACCAUGGCAACCCUUACGUCACGCUGUGCCCGCGAGGUCAAACGUUCAACACGGGUAGCUUGAGCUGUGACCACGAUCUACCCGAGUUAGAGUUCCGCAGCUCUGUCCCUACGAAUCCGUGCACCCCGGAGCAACUUGUCGCCCAUAACUUCUUUUUCGAGUACCCACCCGACAAGCAGCAGUUUAUUCACUGUGACGGCUGGGGUGGCGCCUGGAUACAGACCUGUCCAGUUUCAGAGAUUUGGAAUCAAGAACUACAUACCUGUGUGAAGCAAGAGCCACCCGCACCCGACGUCUGAUGCCCGUCGACAUCCCCAGCCCCUGUACACUAGAAGCUCUGCUGGCGGGGGAUGUCUUCCACCCGUACCCGUGUGAACACACUCGCUACAUCCGCUGUGACGACGCAGGCAACUCCUGGGUGCAGGACUGUCCUGCGGGUAUGUUUU